CCCCGCAGGCCACGUGAGGAGAGCCUGUGCCCAGAAGCAGGAUGAGAAGAUGGCAAACUUCCUAUUACCUCGGGGCACCAGCAGCUUCCGCAGGUUCACACGGGAGUCCCUGGCAGCCAUCGAGAAGCGCAUGGCGGAGAAGCAAGCCCGCGGCUCAACCACUUUGCAGGAGAGCCGAGAGGGGCUGCCUGAGGAGGAGGCUCCCCGGCCCCAGCUGGACCUGCAGGCCUCCAAAAAGCUGCCAGAUCUCUAUGGCAAUCCACCCCGAGAGCUCAUCGGAGAGCCCCUGGAGGACCUGGACCCCUUCUAUAGCACCCAAAAGACUUUCAUCGUACUGAAUAAAGGCAAGACCAUCUUCCGGUUCAGUGCCACCAACGCCUUGUAUGUCCUCAGUCCCUUCCACCCCAUCCGGAGAGCGGCUGUGAAGAUUCUGGUUCACUCGCUCUUCAACAUGCUCAUCAUGUGCACCAUCCUCACCAACUGCGUGUUCAUGGCCCAGCACGACCCUCCACCCUGGACCAAGUAUGUCGAGUACACCUUCACCGCCAUUUACACCUUUGAGUCUCUGGUCAAGAUUCUGGCUCGAGGCUUCUGCCUGCAUGCGUUCACCUUCCUUCGGGACCCAUGGAACUGGCUGGACUUCAGUGUGAUUAUCAUGGCGUAUGUAUCAGAAAAUAUAAAACUAGGCAAUUUGUCGGCUCUUCGAACUUUCAGAGUCCUGAGAGCUCUAAAAACUAUUUCAGUUAUCCCAGGGCUGAAGACCAUCGUGGGGGCCCUGAUUCAGUCUGUGAAGAAGCUGGCUGAUGUGAUGGUCCUCACGGUCUUCUGCCUCAGUGUCUUUGCCCUCAUCGGCCUGCAGCUCUUCAUGGGCAACCUAAGGCACAAGUGCGUGCGCAACUUCACAGCGCUCAACGGCACCAACGGCUCCGUGGAGGCCGAUGGCUUGGUGUGGGAAUCCCUGGACCUUUACCUCAGUGAUCCAGAAAAUUACCUGCUCAAGAACGGCACCUCCGACGUGUUGCUGUGUGGGAACAGCUCUGACGCUGGGACAUGUCCCGAGGGCUACCGGUGCCUAAAGGCAGGCGAGAACCCUGACCACGGCUACACCAGCUUCGAUUCCUUUGCCUGGGCCUUUCUUGCACUCUUCCGCCUGAUGACGCAGGACUGCUGGGAGCGCCUCUAUCAGCAGACCCUCAGGUCUGCAGGGAAGAUCUACAUGAUCUUCUUCAUGCUUGUCAUCUUCCUGGGGUCCUUCUACCUGGUGAACCUGAUCCUGGCCGUGGUCGCCAUGGCCUAUGAGGAGCAAAACCAAGCCACCAUCGCUGAGACCGAGGCGAAGGAAAAGCGCUUCCAGGAGGCCAUGGAAAUGCUCAAGAAAGAACACGAGGCCCUCACCAUCAGGGGUGUGGAUACCGUGUCCCGUAGCUCCUUGGAGAUGUCCCCUUUGGCCCCAGUAAACAGCCAUGAGAGAAGAAGCAAGAGGAGAAAACGGAUGUCUUCAGGAACUGAGGAGUGUGGGGAGGACAGGCUCCCCAAGUCUGACUCCGAAGAUGGUCCCAGAGCAAUGAAUCAUCUCAGCCUCACCCACAGCCUCAGCAGGACUUCUGUGAAGCCACGUUCCAGCCGCGGGAGCAUUUUCACCUUUCGCCGGCGAGACCUGGGUUCCGAAACAGAUUUUGCAGAUGAUGAAAACAGCACAGCGGGGGAGAGCGAGAGCCACCACACAUCACUGCUGGUGCCCUGGCCCCUGCGCCGGACCAGUGCCCAGGGACAGCCCAGUCCUGGAACCUCGACUCCUGGCCACGCCCUCAAUGGCAAAAAGAACAGCACUGUGGACUGCAAUGGAGUGGUCUCCUUACUGGGGGCAGGUGACCCGGAGGCCACAUCCCCAGGAAGCCACCUCCUCCGCCCUGUGAUGCUAGAGCACCCACCAGACACGACCACACCAUCGGAGGAGCCAGGCGGGCCCCAGAUGCUGACCCCCCAGGUUCCAUGUAUAGAUGGCUUCGAGGAGCCAGGAGCACGGCAGCGGGCUCUCAGCGCAGUCAGUGUCCUCACCAGCGCACUGGAAGAGUUAGAGGAGUCUCGCCGCAAGUGUCCACCAUGCUGGAACCGCCUCGCCCAGCGCUACCUGAUCUGGGAGUGCUGCCCACUGUGGAUGUCCAUCAAGCAGGGAGUGAAGUUGGUGGUCAUGGACCCGUUUGCUGACCUCACCAUCACUAUGUGCAUCGUGCUCAACACACUCUUCAUGGCGCUGGAGCACUACAACAUGACAAGUGAAUUCGAGGAGAUGCUGCAGGUCGGAAACCUGGUCUUCACAGGGAUUUUCACAGCAGAGAUGACCUUCAAGAUCAUUGCCCUCGACCCCUACUACUACUUCCAGGAGUGGGGCUGGUAUUACUACAUUUCCAUUUCACAGAUGAAGAGACUCAGAGAGAUGACACGAAUUUCCCACAGUCCCCUGCUCUUCCUCCUUCCCCAGCUGCGGGUCUUCAAGCUGGCCAAAUCGUGGCCCACCCUGAACACACUCAUCAAGAUCAUCGGGAACUCAGUGGGGGCACUGGGGAACCUGACGCUGGUGCUAGCCAUCAUCGUGUUCAUCUUUGCUGUGGUGGGCAUGCAGCUCUUUGGCAAGAACUACUCAGAGCUGAGGGACAGCGACUCAGGCCUGCUGCCUCGCUGGCACAUGAUGGACUUCUUCCAUGCCUUCCUCAUCAUCUUCCGCAUCCUCUGUGGAGAGUGGAUCGAGACCAUGUGGGACUGCAUGGAGGUGUCUGGGCAGUCAUUGUGCCUGCUGGUCUUCUUGCUUGUUAUGGUCAUUGGCAACCUUGUGGUCCUGAAUCUCUUCCUGGCCUUGCUGCUCAGCUCCUUCAGUGCAGACAACCUCACAGCCCCUGAUGAGGACAGAGAGAUGAACAACCUCCAGCUGGCCCUGGCCCGCAUCCAGCGGGGCCUGCGCUUUGUCAAGCGGACCACCUGGGACUUCUGCUGUGGGCUCCUGCGGCAGCGGCCUCAAAAGCCCGCAGCCCUUGCCGCCCAGGGCCAGCUGCCCAGCUGCAUUGCCACCCCCUACUCCCCACCACCCCCAGAGACAGAGAAGGUGCCUCCCACCCGCAAGGAAACACGGUUUGAGGAAGGCGAGCAGCCGGGUCAGGGCACCCCCAGGGAUCCAGAGCCUGUGUGUGUGCCCAUCGCUGUGGCCGAGUCAGACACAGAUGACCAGGAAGAGGAUGAGGAGAACAGCCUGGACACGGAGGAGGAGUCCAGCAAGCAGCAGGAAUCCCAGCCUGUGUCCGCUGGCCCAGAGGCCCCUCCGGAUUCCAGGACCUGGAGCCAGGUGUCAGCGACUGCCUCCUCCGAGGCCGAGGCCAGUGUAUCUCAGGCUGACUGGCAGCAGCAGCAGCGGAAAGCGGAACCCCAGGCCCCAGGGUGUGGUGAGACCCAAGAGGACAGUGGCUCCGAGGGCAGCACAGCAGACAUGACCAACACCGCUGAGCUCCUGGAGCAGAUCCCUGACCUGGGCCAGGAUGUCAAGGAUCCAGAGGACUGCUUCACCGAAGGCUGUGUCCGGCGCUGUCCCUGCUGUGCGGUGGACACCUCGCAGGCCCCAGGGAAGGUCUGGUGGCGGUUGCGCAAGACCUGCUACCACAUCGUGGAGCACAGCUGGUUCGAGACAUUCAUCAUCUUCAUGAUCCUGCUCAGCAGUGGAGCGCUGGCCUUCGAGGACAUCUACCUGGAGGAGCGGAAGACCAUCAAGGUUCUGCUUGAGUAUGCCGACAAGAUGUUCACCUAUGUCUUCGUGCUGGAGAUGCUGCUUAAGUGGGUGGCCUACGGCUUCAAGAAGUACUUCACCAAUGCCUGGUGCUGGCUCGACUUCCUAAUCGUGGAUGUCUCUCUGGUCAGCCUGGUGGCCAACACCCUGGGCUUUGCCGAGAUGGGCCCCAUCAAGUCACUGCGGACGCUGCGUGCACUCCGCCCCCUGAGAGCUCUGUCACGAUUUGAGGGCAUGAGGGUGGUGGUCAAUGCCCUGGUGGGCGCCAUCCCGUCCAUCAUGAACGUCCUCCUCGUCUGCCUCAUCUUCUGGCUCAUCUUCAGCAUCAUGGGCGUGAACCUCUUCGCGGGGAAGUUUGGGAGGUGCAUCAACCAGACAGAGGGAGACUUGCCUUUGAACUACACCAUCGUGAACAACAAGAGCCAGUGUGAGUCCCUGAACAUGACCGGAGAAUUAUACUGGACCAAGGUGAAAGUCAACUUUGACAACGUGGGGGCCGGGUACCUGGCCCUUCUGCAGGUGGCAACAUUUAAAGGCUGGAUGGACAUUAUGUAUGCAGCUGUGGACUCCAGGGGGUAUGAAGAGCAGCCCCAGUGGGAAUACAACCUCUACAUGUACAUCUAUUUUGUCAUUUUCAUCAUCUUCGGGUCUUUCUUCACCCUGAACCUCUUUAUCGGUGUCAUCAUUGACAACUUCAACCAACAGAAGAAAAAGUUAGGGGGCCAGGACAUCUUCAUGACAGAGGAGCAGAAGAAGUACUACAAUGCCAUGAAGAAGCUGGGCUCCAAGAAGCCCCAGAAGCCCAUCCCACGGCCCUUGAACAAGUACCAGGGCUUCAUAUUCGACAUUGUGACCAAGCAGGCCUUUGAUGUCACCAUCAUGUUUCUGAUCUGCUUGAAUAUGGUGACCAUGAUGGUGGAGACAGAUGACCAAAGUCCUGAGAAAAUCAACAUCUUGGCCAAGAUCAACCUGCUCUUUGUGGCCAUCUUCACAGGCGAGUGUAUUGUCAAGCUGGCUGCCCUGCGCCACUAUUACUUCACCAACAGUUGGAAUAUCUUCGACUUCGUGGUUGUCAUCCUCUCCAUCGUGGGCACUGUGCUCUCGGACAUCAUCCAGAAGUACUUCUUCUCCCCGACGCUCUUCCGAGUCAUCCGCCUGGCCCGAAUCGGCCGCAUCCUCAGACUUAUCCGAGGGGCCAAGGGGAUCCGCACACUGCUCUUUGCCCUCAUGAUGUCCCUGCCUGCACUCUUCAACAUCGGGCUGCUGCUCUUCCUCGUCAUGUUCAUCUACUCCAUCUUUGGCAUGGCCAACUUCGCUUAUGUCAAGUGGGAGGCUGGUAUCGACGACAUGUUCAACUUCCAGACCUUCGCCAACAGCAUGCUCUGCCUCUUCCAGAUCACCACGUCAGCCGGCUGGGAUGGCCUCCUCAGCCCCAUCCUCAACACCGGGCCCCCCUACUGUGACCCCACUCUGCCAAACAGCAAUGGCUCUCGGGGGGACUGUGGGAGCCCAGCUGUGGGCAUCCUCUUCUUCACCACCUACAUCAUCAUCUCCUUCCUCAUCGUGGUCAACAUGUACAUUGCCAUCAUCCUGGAGAACUUCAGCGUGGCCACGGAGGAGAGCACCGAGCCCCUGAGUGAGGACGACUUCGACAUGUUCUAUGAGAUCUGGGAGAAGUUUGACCCAGAGGCCACUCAGUUUAUUGAGUAUUCGGUCCUGUCUGACUUUGCCGAUGCCUUGUCUGAGCCACUCCGUAUCGCCAAGCCCAACCAGAUGAGCCUCAUCAACAUGGACCUGCCCAUGGUGAGUGGGGACCGCAUCCAUUGCAUGGACAUCCUCUUUGCCUUUACCAAAAGGGUUCUGGGGGAGUCUGGGGAGAUGGAUGCCCUGAAGAUCCAGAUGGAGGAGAAGUUCAUGGCAGCCAACCCAUCCAAGAUCUCCUAUGAGCCCAUCACCACCACACUCCGGCGCAAGCACGAGGAGGUGUCAGCCAUGGUUAUCCAGAGGGCCUUCCGCAGGCACCUGCUGCAACGCUCUGUGAAGCAUGCCUCCUUCCUCUUCCGUCAGCAGACGGGCAGCAGCCUCUCCGAAGAGGAUGCCCCUGAGCGAGAGGGCCUCAUCGCCUAUGUGAUGAAUGAGAACUUCUCCCGGCCCCUUGGCCCAGCCUCCAGCUCCUCCAUCUCCUCCACUUCCUUCCCACCCUCCUAUGACAGUGUCACUAGAGCCACCAGCGAUAACAUCCAGGUGCCGGGUUCUGACUACAGCCACAGCGAAGAUGUCGCUGACUUUCCCCCGUCUCCGGACAGGGACCGUGAGUCCAUCGUGUGA